GCUUUCCUUCCCUUCGUGAACGCUCAAGUUCGCGCCCUCUGACCUCUGACCAUUGCUGUCUGUCUACCUACUACCUCAGGCGCCUCUCCUCUGUGAUCCUGAUCUUUGACGACAUCAACCUUCGCUAGCCGCUCCCGAUCUCUACGAACACAAGACCCAGCAGCGCAUCACCGCUCCUUCCAUUUUCAUUAUUAUACGUGCAACCGAGACGGUUCAACAUGUCGGGCACGGACCAUCAACAUCAGUAUACACCACGGCAUGAGACGCUGCAUCUGGCGGAUAUGCAGCGUCGGCCUGCGUUCUUAACUCGUUGGGAGAGGACGAGGCACCGCGGGGCGCAUUGGUUCGUGGAGUGUUUUGCUGAAUUUCUUGGGGUAUUUUUAUAUUGUUAUGCUGGUAUCGGAUCCACAGCAGCCUGGAUCCUUGGAGGUUUUGUCGGUGAAGAGCUCGGCUCCCUGUUCACCGUGGGCUUCGCGUACGCGAUCGGUAUCGUCCUCGCACUCGUCAUCUGUAGCGCGACGAGUGGUGGGCAUCUGCAUCCUGCUAUUACGAUCGUGAUGACGCUCUUUAAGGGGUUCCCGCCGUUGAAGGCUGUCAGAUACAUAAUCGCGCAAAUCCUAGGCGCGUACGUCGCAUGUCUGAUCAUCUAUCUCCAAUGGAAACAUAUCAUCGUGACAGUCGAAGACGCACUCAUCGCCAGCGGGACCUUCGACACCGUCAUGUUCCAACCCACAGGCCCCGCCGGCAUCUUCGCGCUCUACGCUACUACGGGCUCGAGUCUGGGAUUGAUACUCAUUAAUGAGUUCGUCGUCGAUUUCGUGAUCGGCCUGACGAUCUUUGCCUGCCUCGAUCCUACCAACUUUUUCUGUCCGCCCGCUGCUGCACCUUGGGUUAUCGCUUUCGUCUAUGCUAUCGCGGUCUGGGGCUACUCCCCCGUCGGUCUCGCCGCCAACCCCGCACGCGACAUCGGUGCCCGUCUAAUGGCCAUCACGAUCUGGGGCCUGAAAGCCUCAGGCGGACGGUAUGCCGCUAUAGCGGGACUGACGUCUAUCCCGGCGACGGUGUGUUCGUUCUUGUGUUAUGAGUUUAUGUUCGUGGAUUCUAGUCGAGUCGUCCCCGGCCCCAACAGAGCAUGGCUAGAAGGCCACAAAGCCCACCUCGAGCACGUCGAGAACACGCACAUGUACCCGAACGGUACGUCCACCGUGACGUCCCACGCCGGCCUGCCUACCAUCGGCCAUGCCUCCUCCCCGGACCUAGAGGGUAAGGCGCACGAGAGCAGGAGUGAGGUUACGGGGCAUAGUAAGGCGUGAGUUCGGUUACUGUUAUACGGGAGGGGAGGGGAGGGGAGGGAGGGGGGACGGAUCGGUGUAGACUGUGUAUAGUACGUUGCAGUGGGUGGAUUUUUUUUUUCAUGUGGGAUAGGGACAUAUUGGCCUGUAUGGUCGGGCUCGGGCUCAGGCUCAGGCUUUGGUUUUCGCUUCAUCAUUUU